UCCGUGGAUUAUAGGGAAAAGCGAGCUGAGCAACGCGUAAACUCGUUUCCCGCCCGGCGUCACUCCCGGCUUUGACGCCGCCAUGUCUGCGUCGCCCCCGACGGCCUCGGGCCCCCCGCCGCCGUCCUCGACGCCUCCUCCAGUGGCCUCUGCGCCUCCUCCUCCGACGAAUUCCUCGCCGCCUCCGACGACUUCGAAUGCUGCGCCGCCCCCUUCCAACUCAGCGCCGCCUCCGACGACGCCCAUCCCGCCCCCUCCGGUUUCCAGCCCUCCGCCUAAUUCGGCGUCGCCGCCUCCUACAUCUCCUCCUCCGGCAACUCCUCCGCCGGCGACGUCCCCUCCGCCUACCUCAGCGCCGCCGCCUCCCACCUCUCCUCCUCCAGCAACACCUCCGCCGGCAUCCCCUCCUCCACUAUCGUCGUCGCCGCCGCCCUCUCCUUCGAAUUCCGUUCCUCCCCCUGCCUCCCCUCCGCCCGCCUCUCCGCCGCCGCCCCCUCCUUCGAAUCCCGCUCCUCCCCCUGCCUCCCCUCCGGCCACCUCGCCGUCGCCGCCCCCUCCUUCGAAUCCCGCUCCUCCCCCUGCCUCCCCUCCGGCCGCCUCGCCGCCGCCACCGCUCCUCCCUCCUCGGUCACCGCCUCCACCCCAAGUGGGUCCUCCCUCGCCGGUCCUCUCUCCACCUCCGCCACCCUUGACUCGGUCGCCCCCUCCACCAAUCACUCCUCCGCGUAACGUACCUCCACCGUCGCCGCCACCUUCAUCUCCGCUCACACCAUCUCCACCGUCGCCUCCACUCACACCAUCUCCACCGUCGCCUCCACUCACACCAUCUCCACCGCCAGGUCCGCCACCUCCAUCCUCGAACACCUCAAGCUCGUCGUCCUCAACUGGAGCAAUAGCAGGAGGGGGAGCAGCGGCGGCCGUGGUCCUCGCCCUUUUGCUGGGCGUAUUUUUAUUCCUCUGCCGGAGGAGUCGCCGGCGACGACCUCCGACACCAACAUCUUCCCCACACCCAGACUAUCCAUAUCCUCCUCAUUAUACUCCUUCACCGGUGAAGCUCUCUUCCUCAGAGACAAUGCCUCUUUCAAGUGGACCGAGCCGCCAUUCAGGAUCCCGCCACCCCUCCGGUGAAACUCCAUUAUCGCCCUCUUCCCCAGCCUUCAACCUCAAUUUUGCAAAGAUUAACUUCACUUUCGAAGAACUGGCACGGGCAACCGCAGGAUUCUCCGACGCUAAUAUUCUCGGCAGAGGUGGCUUUGGCCAGGUUUUCAAAGGCACACUCGAUGGCAAGGAAUUCGCCGUCAAGAGAUUGACGGCCGGGAGUGGGCAGGGCGACCGAGAAUUCCUUGCCGAAGUCGAAAAACUCAGUCGUGUUCAUCACAAACACUUGGUGACAUGGGAAGGCUACUGCAUUUCUGGAAGCCAGAGGAUGCUUGUGUAUGAGUAUCUUCCUAACAAGACUCUGGAGUUUCACUUACAUGGGAAGGAUCAGCCGACGAUGGAAUGGUCGAUCAGAGUCAAGAUUGCUGUUGGUUCCGCGAAGGGGUUAGCUUAUCUUCACGAAGAUUGCCGUCCUAAAAUUAUUCACCGUGAUAUCAAGGCUGCCAAUAUUCUCCUUGAUAUGAACUUUGAGCCGAAGGUUUCAGAUUUUGGGCUGGCUAAGUUUCAAGGCGAAGGCGACACACAUGUUUCGACUAGAGUUGUUGGAACCUUCGGGUAUGUGGCACCUGAAUACGCAGUUUCCGGUAAACUAAGCGAUAAGUCUGAUGUCUUUUCUUUCGGAGUAAUGCUGCUGGAAUUGAUCAGUGGAAGACGACCUGUGUUUUCAGGUCAAGGUUACAUGGAUGAGUCUUUGGUUACUUGGGCAAGACCAUUGCUAACACAAGCUGGAAAGGAUGGCAACUAUGAUGCCCUCAUCGACCCAUGUCUUGAGAAAGUCUACGGUCCUAACGAGAUGACACGCAUGGUUGCUUGCGCCGCUGCCUGUGUACGCCAGUCUGCAAAACUUCGGCCGCGAAUGAGUGAGAUUGUUCGGUUCUUGGAAGGGGAGUUACCUCUCGAGGUUUUGCACGGAGAAGUUUUGCCUGGACACAGUGCCAUUGAGAGUUCAUCCAACUCGGAAUUCAUGAGAAGAUUGAGGAGGAUGGCAUUUGGGAAUCCAGAAGAUACAAGCAGCAGCCUUUACAGUGUGAGUGAGUCAAAUGAGAACCAAGAUUCCUCAUUCGUCGACAAUGAUCCAUAUGAGAUAGCAUGGUCGAGGAGAAGCACCAAAGAUUUCAGUUCUGAAGUAUAGGAGAUUGAUUUGAUCUUUGAUUCAUUGUACAGUAUCUUUUCACUCGGGUUGCUCUUCAUCAUUUAUAUGCAAAACAUUGUUCAUUGAAUCAUAGUCUAUAAGAUUCUUCUUCUCA